AGUGCUGAAUUCACUUUGCCUGUUGGUCUGAGAGGCUUUCUCUGGACAGGAAAAGCUGCUGCUGUCGCCGUUUCAAUAUACAGCUGUGUUGCUACAUCUUUGUCCAGAUAGGAAGGGCUGAGCUCUUAUCACCCACACGUGACAUGAUUCCCUCCAUUUGAUGUGGCCAUUCUUCCUGGAAGCACUUCUGGUUGGGAAAGUUGCAUGAUAUCCCUCAACUGAAACCCAAACAGUGGAUAUAAAAUGCGGCCUCUACACCCAGAAGAUGGACUUUCUCCUCUGGGGCUACUGAAUCGAGGUCCAGACUAUCUUCGUAAGCAGCUGGAGGGAACCGGCGGGAUCCGGACCCCAAGUGCUGUAGAAAGACUGGAGGCUGACAAAGCCAAAUAUGUCAAAUCUCAGCAAGUGAUCAACAAGCGUCAAGAGCCAGUCUUGCUCUGCUACAGCCUCCAGUCUUCUCCUUGCUGCAGAAGACCUCUCACCCGCCACCAGCACGAGUUCUCUCAGGGCUUAGCUGUCGCCAAAGAUGGCCUUGGACCCAAGAAGCUGCCUCCGCCACCUCCUUCUCCUCAAUCUCCGAUAGCGCGGAGAGGAGGUGGCCGUCGUUUGCUGAGGCCGGACUCGCUUGUCAUCUACCGGCAGAAACGGGACUGCUCAGCCGUCAACAAAGAAAACACCAAGAGCUACGGCAUUGUGAGGAGGCUAUUUCAGAGCCCACUUAGGGAUGGGCACAACAGCCCCUUGUCCCCAAGGAGUCUAUUUGGAGAUGGACACCUGCAAGCGACGCAAGAGGAGACCCCCAUGGUGUGGGUGCCAACAGAAAAAGAGGAAACAAGAAUUGUGCAUUCAGUAGGCAUGCUGGCCGGCUCCACUGGGUUUCCUUCAGAAAGUGGUGAGCAUCCUCAGCGGGAUGGAGACUCCAUCCUUCCCUCUGCAAUUCCUGGCCCAACAAACUCCAAGAGACAACUUUGUCCAAGUUCUUCUCUGCCUCUCUCAGAGAAAGAGCGUUUCUUUAACUAUUGCGGCUUGGACCGGAACCUGGUGGAAGUGUUGGGAGCUGAGCGGUUUAAACCUGGCAACUGGGACACAAGUUCUUCCUGCUGGCUCCUGGGGAGUGUGGGUUCGGCCAGCUCUCUACAUGGUGGAAGUCUUUCGCACAAUGGAGAGGAAGGGCCUGCCGAAGAGCUGAGCGAGAAGCUGCCUGCCUCCAUUUCCCUCGUCGAGAGAAACGCCCGGGUCAUAAAAUGGUUGUACAGCUGCCAGCAGGCCCAGACUGUGUCCAAGGAGUCCACUGUGUAAGCCAAGUCCUGGACUCAAAGGCAAUGCCAACACAACAAGGAAGAGGUGGGAUAUUCACACCUCUCCGUUCCCUGAGUCUGCAUGGAUCAGAUUCACCUACUGAAGCUGGACAAGCAAAGACCUGGUGUCUGAAGUCAAGUAUCUCUGUCAAUAUGGAAAUAAAGGGAUCAUCUCUGUAGGAGUGAAGCUGUUCAAAACUAUUCUGUGUUGAACUUAUAUGGGUAUCAGUUGCAGAAUGGGGAGUACAGGUUGAUCAUCCCUUAUCCAGAAUUCCAAAAUGCUCCAAAAUCCUCCAAAUACUCCAAAAUCAGCCACGGGUGGCUGAAACAGUGACACUUUUGUUUUCUGAUUAUUCAGUAUAGACCAACUUUGUUUCGUGCACAAAAUUAUUUUUUAAAAACAUUGUGUUUAGAAAUGGCAUUCAGGUUGUGUGUGGAAAGGCUAUAUGAAACAUCAAUUAAUUUCUUGUUUAGAUUUGCAUCACAUCUUUAGGGUAUUUCCUGAUGCACGUAUGUGCAACUACAGGUAUUCCAACAUCCAAAAGAAUCCAAAAACCAAAACAUGUCUGCUCCCAAGCAUUUUGGAAAGGGAUACUCAAACUGAAUUUGGGAAAAUACCUGCCUGGAUCAACAAAGGUCUAAAUCAGAGUUUCUAAACCUGGGGGGUCAGGAUCCCUGGG